GUAAGAUUGAAAUCAAGAGAAACUGAAUAUAAAGAUGCUGUUAAGGAUGAAAGCACUUUCCAGUGUGGGCGCGUUCAUUCAGCGCGAGAAGGCGGGGCUUCUCCGCUGUAGCCUAGUGUGCGGAGGAAGGUAUAGUGCACUCGAGGGAGCAGCGCGCAGAUCUUUGAGACACGGACGCGGGCGGCAGCAGCGAGAAAGAUAGGAGAGGGAGAGAGAGAAAGAGAGCAUCAGCAUCAACACACAGACCCGCUGAACGGGGCUCGGCUCGGCAGCCUCCCUCCCUCUGUCCCUCCGUGCCCAGCCAUGAAACAAACCAUACUGGACCUCAUGAGGAUGAGUAGGAUCUGCCGGAUGGUGCUGGCCACUUGUUUAGGAUCUUUUAUUCUGGUCAUCUUCUAUUUCCAAAUUAUGAGGAGGAAUCCAUUCGCAGCAGAGGGCUGCUGUCGGAAAGGCUCCAGAAACGCCCUACAGGAGCUGUACAACCCUACACAGGCCGAAUUCUCUGCAGCGGCAGUGUUGCACCAGGCCCGGCGGGAUCAGGUGGCGGAGACGUGUCAUGCCCACAGUGCGUCCAGCCGUAAACGCCGCGUCUUGACCCCCAGUGACCUCAAGCAUCUGGUGGUAGACGAGGAUCACGAGCUCAUCUACUGUUACGUGCCCAAGGUGGCGUGCACCAACUGGAAGCGGGUCAUGAUGGUGCUGAGCGGCCGGGGCAAGUACAGUAACCCAAUGGAGAUCCCUUCCAAUGAGGCCCACGUGCCCUCAAACCUCAAGACCCUCAACCAGUACAGCAUCCCUGACAUCAACCACCGGCUUAAGAACUACCUCAAGUUUCUCUUUGUGCGUGAGCCCUUUGAGCGAUUGGUGUCGGCCUACCGCAACAAGUUCACACUCCGCUACAACACCUCCUUCCACAAACGCUACGGGACGAAGAUUGUUCGGCGAUAUCGCAAAAAUGCCACAACCGAGGCACUGCAGAGUGGUGCCGAUGUGAAGUUUCAAGAGUUUGCAGAGUACCUGGUGGACCCAGGCACUCAGAGAGAAGCUCCACUCAAUGAACACUGGCAGACUGUCUACUCGCUCUGCCACCCCUGCCACAUCCACUACGACCUGGUGGGCAAGUAUGAGACUCUGGAGGAUGAUGCAAACUACGUGCUCAAACUAGUAGGCGAGGGUGACUCACUGCGCUUCCCAUCGUUUGCCAAAUCUACCCGUACCACCGACCAAAUGGCAGCCAUGUUUUUCAGCAACAUCAGCUCCCAGCAGCAGAGCCAGCUUUAUCAACUCUACAAGCUGGACUAUCUUAUGUUCAACUAUUCUAUUCCUAGCUACCUGAAACUGCAGUAGAUAUCCAUUUGCAGUGGCACACGCUUCCUGAGCUUGUUCAACAAGGUUGAGCAAUGGGAGAAGAGCCGGGGCUCAGAGACACAGGCAGGGGAAUCAACCAAGCACCUAAAUGUAAAAUUGUAUUUAUAUCCGCAGGGACGGUUGCUUUAUUUGGAAACGAUCAAGGAGCUAUCGGUCUCAAAUGCACUCGAAAGUGGUCUUUUUGAGACUGAGGUCUGAAGCCCUGAUGUAUGUGCCCAUUGAAUUGUACAUUUCCAGUGUAAAGGCUCUUUUUCCACAACGUCAAAAGCAAUAGGACAGAAUCUGAGCCAUACCUGCUCAGCUGGUUUAUCUAUUAAUAUACUCAGCCAGCCGCCAUUAUCGAAGCUUCACAGAAAGGAGCACCUAGACUAAUAAUAAGACUCAAGAUACAAUCAGAGACUUGUUCUGACUUCAGUUCCCUUACUUCUAAUUUCUUGUUCACUUUGGAAGUUUCCUCGCUUCUCUCCCAUACUCAGACUGCCUUUGUGCGUGCUUUUAUAUGGUGCAUACUUAACGGUGCACACUAAAAUAAGAAUGACAAAAAAAAGAGGCAUUGAAAGGUGCCUUGCUGAAGGGGCGUGUUCAAAUGUGAGUGACAGGCAGGGGCUUUGCCCACUGGGUCAGUCAGGGAGCAUCUGUAGCAGUCAGGGGUCAGAGGUCACUGGCCUCAAACACACUGUUCCCACAACCCUUCCUCCUUUGGUUGGUCUACACUAAAUUAAAAGAUUUCGUUUUAUUUUGUAUUUGUUUGUAAUGAAAAAAGGUGCUGCGAGCAGCACGUUAUUGUAUUAUUUGCAUUACUCUGUGAAAUAGAGAUGAAAAAGACUUCAUGUUUUAUUUCGAGCAAAGGAAAUCAGCGAGAUCUUCUGAUGUUUAAUUGUCAUAAUUUGUUCAUAAUUUUUCUUGCCUCAUUUGCAGAACACUGUUGCUGGGAUACCUCGCUGGUUGACGGGUGUACGGAAACGGGCAGGACUUUGUUUUCUGAGCUGUUCUCAUGGGAAAGUUUCACACAGUGGUGUGCAUCUGAGAAAGAAAGAGAGAGAAAGUGCAGGCAAAUCUGUUCAAUCCAUUACAUGAUUUAAACCUCUUUUGCAAUUUGAGCAGUUCAAAGGAACACCCUUUAAUUUAGUCCUUUAUGACCUUUAUUUGCUUUGAUGAUGCACAAAAUGUAUAAAAACUGCUUAUUUAUGAGAACAAAGGCAACAAGUGGGUGUGUCAGAGUGCUUUAUCUCACUGUCCUUUUCUGUAACAAUUCUCUUGACUUUGGCUGAAGGCUUCUUUCAGCUUUCUCUCACACAUCUCUGUGCUUUUUAGGAAAAGUCUUCAAAAGGUUCUUUUGGUCUGAAUAAGCAAGUGCUGAUUAGCAGGAUUUGAAGUCCUGUAGAGCAGGGCGUUUAAUGAAGACCACACACACUUGUGGAGGCACCCUGUUCAUGCAGAGCGUAAAAAUGUGGCAAAAAAAGCAAAGGCCGCAUUUUCGAUCUUUUCUUCACGAUCCCUUUCUCACGCUGAUGUUUUCUAGAAUCUUAUCUUACUCCAAAAAAAAAAAA